AGCAGGAGGGGGAGGAAGAGGGGGAGGCGGUCUAUGGAGCGUUCACUUUGUCUGUCGGCGAUGGAGCACAGCCACAGCAUCCGCGCGGCGAGACACGGCGAGGAAUAAUGCCGCUCGAAACUAAUUGUUGCUUUUCAUAGGAAAAUAUCUCUUCCUUCCUUCCUUCCUUCCUUCCUUCUUUCUUUCCUUCUCCACCCUCUUGCUGGAUUCCACACAUCUGCAGCACCCUUGAUUGCCCGUUGCCAUCGUCGGAACCGGAGCGUACGGCGUGCUCAUCUGGGCUCCGUGCACAGCAGCGACCGUGCACACCCACUGCGUCUGCCAGUCAUGUGCGUGGUGGAUUAAAGACCGACCGAAAGGGACCUUUGUUUGCGCUCCAGACGAGGGAUUGUUAAAAAGAAGCAGGAUUGGGAAUAACAGAAGGCAGAAGCUCUCCAAUGACACGCAACUUAUCAACACUGUUGCAUGUCUCCACGGUCCAGCGGGUAGUUUGAUAGCAAUGAAGUCCCGACAGUGCAACAAAGUUCUCGUAUAUGGCGUGAAGAUGCAACUGGAAUCUCAAUGAUGUUCCGGACUCAGAGUUCCUCUUCAGCAUGACAUUUGGUUGAAGCGUCUGUUUGACACGCCGAAUCUACCGUCGAUUUUUUUUUUCUUUUCUCCGUCGAAAUUCUGCACCAGCUUCCCCUCUCAUCCGCACCAGACUCUCGGGUGUUUUUCCACUCGGUUCGGGGAGAUGGCCGCGAUCGCCAGCUCUCUGAUCCGCCAGAAGCGCCAGGCGAGGGAGUCCAACAGCGACCGGGUGUCCACGUCCAAGCGUCGGCCCAGCCCCAGCAAGGACCCCCGCUCUCUGUGCGAGCGGCAUUUUUUGGGGGUCUUCAGCAAAGUGCGCUUCUGCAGCGGCAAGAAACGACCCGUGCGCCGGCGACCAGAUGCACCCUCGAAACCUCCACAGGUGGCCCAUAAGGGCUGCAGGCUAGAGCCACAGCUGAAAGGCAUCGUGACACGACUGUUUAGCCAGCAGGGCUUCUACCUGCAGAUGAAGCCGGACGGAACCAUUGAUGGCAGCAAGGACGAGAACAGCGACAACACCCUGUUUAAUCUUAUUCCCGUGGGUCUGAGAGUGGUGGCCAUCCAGGGAGUGAAGAGUGGCUUCUACAUCGGCAUGAACGGCGAGGGAAUGCUCUACAGCUCUGAAAUGUUCACGCCAGAGUGCAAAUUCAAGGAGUCCGUUUUCGAGAACUACUAUGUGAUCUACUCGUCCACCGUGUACCGACAGCAGGAGUCGGGCCGGGCCUGGUUCCUGGGCCUCACCAAGGAGGGCCAAGUCAUGAAAGGCAAUCGGGUGAAGAAGACCAAACCUUCUUCUCACUUUGUACCAAGGCCCAUUGAAGUCUGCAUGUACCGCGAGCCGUCGCUGCACGAGAUCGAGGACAAACACCGCUCCCGCAAGAGCUCAGGGACCCCCACCAUGAACGGCGGCAAAGCAGUCAACCAGGACUCCUCAUAGCGAUGAAAGGGAGGGGCUUCCACUGAGGGGCUUGGCCUGAAUGCCCCCACUCUCACCUCAAAGGGGAGGGGCCGUAGGAAACUGCCCGAAUCGUAUGCACCAUCGCUGAAAUACGUAGAGGAGGAGGAGCUAUUACUGUACUCGUGACCAGAAGGGACAAAUUCUGAACCCUUGCCUGUGAAAACUUUUAGAAGAAUUACUAUGAAACAGAGUCAAACUAUAUAUGUAUAUCUAUAUAUAUCAACCUUUUCAAUCAGGACUUGACUGAUAUUUUAUGCAAGAAGAGCUGUGACGCAAUGGAUCAGAGGCCUCUCCUCACACAAACAUCUCUCAUUUACAUUUUAAAUGAUGCUGUGGGGGGGGGGGGGGGUCGUUGAUUAUGUGCUGACUUUUGAUAAGCAUUCUUUUCUAAAUACUCUCUUGUGUUAGAUUUGCCAAUAAUAAGCAGUCCAUCA